GCAACAAUAACAACAAGGCGGAAGAAGCGGAAGAAGGAGGAGGAAGAAGGUGGUGCUUUUUUUGCCGGCUGCCCGGGCCGAGCGGGGCGGGGAUGGCGGAGGCCGUCCGACCCCGGAGCCGAGCCAAGGCCAGCCGGGGCAGAGCCAAGGAAAAAAAGCAAAAAGCUGAAGAGGAGGAGAGGGUUCCAUCUCCGCUGCCCCUUUCCAGCAGAAUUGCACACGAAGGAGGGGCUUAUCGGCCUGGCAGCCCCCAAGGGGAACGGCUUUCAGAGCCCAAGCCUUGCACUAAAGUGAAGGAAGAAGAAAAAAAUGGGAAGGAUGCCCCGGAGAAAGCGCGCGCCGUUGAUAAUGAAGGACCCCCAUCAGCACCUGCGUCAAAGCCUGCGACACAGGUGGACGAAUCCAGAGAAGGUUUGAAGGGGGAAAAAGAGGUGGGAGAAACCAGAGAGUCAGAAACGGCAACCUCUAGCCCGUCAGUGAGUCGUGCUCCUAGCGCGCCUUUGCCAUUGGGGCCGGACCCAGCGACUGCGAAUGAGUGCUCUGUAAAGCACCCAGUUCCCCUGCCUGAUUCCGCAGAGGUUCUCGCCACCGCCUCUGUCCCCGAUGAAGAACGCGUCCAGACCUCCGGUUUCAAAACGCUGUAUCCAAAGCUGCCCUUGGAGUUGUUCAGCGAGAGGUUGUCCGAUCUUUCCCUGGAGCCCCCCGUCCCGAAGAGGAGGCUCUAUCCGGAGAUCCCGGCGGAACCCGAGCUGGCCCCGUUCACCAAAGAGCAGCUGAAGGUCUUCGAGCCGGGCUCUUGGCUGGAGAACGUCAACGCCUACGUGGAGGAGUUUGGGAGCCUCGCACACCAAGACCGACACGAGUUCUUUGAGCUGCUGCUGAACUAUUGCCGCUGCCGGAAACAGCUGCUGCUGGCGGAGGCGGAGCAGCAGGCCUUAGCCGCCGACUGCCGAAACACCAAAGGGCGCCUGUGGACGUUUCAGGACGAGCAGCAGUCUGUCCAGGCAGUGUGUGCUGACCAGUGCAAAGUGUCCGGCCAUCAUCGUUACCAGACGGUCGCGAUGAACGAGGGGGCCUUGGGGGACCUGAAGCGUCUCUUUGAGACCCAGGCUGAGCACGUCCAUCAGACUCUGGCCUUGCACUGUUACACCUCCGUGUUGUCCCGCCUGCAGGUGGAGUCUUACCUUUACGGACUGCUCAGUGGCUCUCCCUCACUGAGGGCCAUGGGCGUCCAGCAGGAAGAACCAGCCCUUAAAGAAGGAGAAAGCACAUCCUCAGACCUGGGCGCCUUGAAAGAAUGCAUCAGUGUACUCUUCAGUUUCACCCGCAGACUCGUUGAAGACGCGCAGUUCCAGAACGAUGUUCUCUUGUGGCUCCGGAGGCUGGUAUCGGUCUUGCAGAGGGUUGGCUCUCCAGGGGACCAUCUUUUCCUUUUGAAUCACAUCCUCCGUUGCCCGGCUGGCGUCAGCAAAUGGGCUGUCCCGUUCAUUCAGAUUCAGGUUCUGGGCAACCCUUCUGGCGUCUUUCAUUUUAUGCAGUCGCUCGCCUUGUUUAUGUCCCCUGCCAAAAAUCGAGCAGAAUUCAUGUGCCAUAUGAAGCCAAGUGAACGGAAGGCCAGCUCCUCCUUUGGGCAGGAAUCUGGAAACUGGACCUUAGUUGAUGAAGGUGGAGAAGAGGAUGAAGAUCCGGAUACCAGCUGGAUCCUUCUUCUCGAAGACGACCUGAUUGUACUUCUCUCCCAGUUCCCAUUUCAUGAACUGUUCCAGCAUAUUCUUGGCUUUGAUUCUAAAGGUUUCUAUGUUCCUGAGAAGACCACACCCCAUGAGAUGAUGAGGAUCUUUGCCUUUGCAAACUCUUUACUGGAGCUUCUAGCAGUGGGGCUGGAGACCUUUAACCGAGCCCGUUACAGGCAGUUUGUGAAAAGAAUUGGCCGUCUGAUAAGAAUGACCCUUUGCUACGUGAGUGAUCACUGGGCCCAGUAUGUCUACCAUGCAAAAGACCAUCGCUAUGCGUCACAACCUUACUCUGUUGAGAAACUGCAAGUGGAAUUUGAUGAACUCUUUCUGAGGGCUGUUCUCCAUGUGCUGAAAGCCAAAAGGCUGGGGGUGUGGCUGUUCAUGUCGGAGAUGCCGUACGGGACUCUGUCUGGAAACAUGCUGUGGAAGCUUUUCUUUCUCAUGCACUGUGCGGAGAGCGAGGAGCUGGAGAAGUUGUGCUGCACUGUGCAACUCGCAGACUGCAAGUGCCAUCUCAAAGACCCAGCCCACUUGGAGAGCUUCGCAAAGUGUCUGCAAGCCCUGAAUGGCUCCGAGGAGAUCUGCCUGCUGACGACGUUUGCUCAGAUGGCUCAGACGAAACGAGACGAUGCGGAUGAAGACUUUGUGAAGGUCAUUGUGCUGGAGAUCUACGAGGUCUCUUACGUCAGCCUUUCCACGAGGGAAACGUUCUCAAAAGUGGGCCGGGAACUUCUGGGAGCCAUUACCGCUGUCCACACGAGCAUGAUUUCUGUUCUCUUGGAUCGAGUCAGGGAGACGAUAGAAAAGGUCGGCAUGGUAUCCCUUUAUUUGUUCAAAGAGCUGCCCAUGCAUCUCUGGAAGCCCUCUACCCAGGAGGUGGCCCUGAUCCGCGACUGGCUGUUGAAUUACAACCUGAGCGAAGUGGAGAACAAGCUGGCCUGCAUCAUCCUAGAAGGGAUGAACUGGGGACCUUCCGAAAAUGGUCACCUUCAUCUCGAUCCAGCCGUCCAUGCCGAAGUUGCUCUGAUGGUGUUAGAAGCUUAUCAGAAGUACCUCUCCCAGAAACCGUACAGCGGCUUGAUCUCUGAAAGCAUCAAGCAGGUCUCGUACUUGGCCAACGUUGUCCGUUAUGGAGAGACUCCAGAGACCUCCUUUAACCAGUGGGCGUGGGGACUGGUCCUAAGAUUAAAGCUGCACAUGAAUGAUUUUGGUACCCCACAAGGCUGGCCAUCGGCUCCCGUCUCCCGGACAGUGCUCGACCUGGCAGACUCGCCCACAUUCCACCCCCUCUUGAAGGCGGUCAGGUCGGGCCUCCCCAUCGGCUGCUACCUUGCCCUGGCCAUGACGACGGUGGGCCACAGUGUUGAGAAGUUCUGUACUGAAGGGAUUUCUCUCCUGAAUAAUCUCGUGCAGUCACGGCAUCUGAGGACAGUCGUCCACGUCCUGGAUAAAAUUUUACCUCUCUUCUACCCUUGCCAGUAUUAUCUGCUGAAGAACGAACAGUUCUUGUCCUGCCUCCACCAGUUCCUGCAGCUGGACAGUGGUGUUCCGCAAGGGAUGACCCAGCAGGUGACCCAGAAAGUAGCUCAGCACUUGACCGGGACGAGUUACGGUGAAAACAUCAAGCUGCUCAGCUGCAUGAUUCAGAGUCACCUUUUUAUAAGCAGCCAUCCCAACGCCGUUGGGCCCGUUGCCGUGCUGGAGUUCUGGGUGCAGGCCCUCACCAGCCAGCCCCUCUGGCACAAGGAGAAAGCCAACCUCUCGCUGAUGGAUCGCUUGUGCCAGGCAGCGUUUCAGCUCAACCAAGAAGACUGUGUGCAGAAACUGCUCUAUCAGCAGCACAAGAACGCUUUGGGCUACCACUGCGACAAGGGGCUGCUGUCUUCCUUCGUCAGCUGGAUCGUGGCUGGCAACGUUACGCCUUCGUUCACUGAGGGAAAUGCGAAUCCCUCCCAGAUUUGGUUUGCGUGGACUGUCCUGAACAUGGAGUCCCUCUUUGAGGAAGAUUCUCAGCUUCGUAGAGUUGUGGAAAGGGAGUUGGUCGCCGGCUCUCUGACUCCCGAUCAGGCUCUGAAGAAAGCCCAGAGCCAGCUGAAGCUCCCCAUUGUGCCGUCACUUCAGCGCCUGCUGAUUUACCGUUGGGCCCACCAGGCCCUUGCGACACCUGCCGAUCACCCUCUGCUGCCCCUCAUCUGGCAGAAAUUUUUCCUUCUCUACCUUCAUCGCCCGGGGCCACAGUAUGGCUUGCCCGUAGACGGCUGCAUUGGGAAGCGCUUUUUCCAAAGUCCUUCUCACCUGAGUCUGUUAAGCGACCUGAAGCAGCGCCUGAUCGAGGUGGCGGAUUUCCACCACGCAGCCAGCAAAGCCCUCCGCGUGGACGGCCCGGCUUACGGCACCGAGAGCUCACCGGAAAAAGGGCCCAGCAAACCUGACUACCUCCCCUCCCCUGAACUGCAUAAGGAGCUUGUCAGGCUCUUCAACAUGUAUAUCUUGUGGCUGGAAGAGGAAAGUUUUCAGAAAGGCAACAUCUACAUUCCCUCCUUGCCGAAACAAUACGACGCCCACAGGCUUGCCAAGAUAAUGCAGAACCAGCAGGAUUUGUGGAUAGAGUUUGUGGACAUGGAACGCAUUCAGCACGAAUGCCAGGAAGCACUUGACUUUUGGUUUGAAGUCAGGGUAGAAUCACAUGCGGCCUCAAGUACUUUGUCGGUACAAACAGACUUCACCGACCCUUUGUUAGCCAAAGAGAGAAUUCUCAGCAGCUUGAAGAAGUACGACCUGCCUCAGCCCGCUCUUCCUCUCCAGCCCAUGAAAGCGCCCGUCCCAGUGAUCGCCUCCACGAGUUUGGUCAGCCCAAGCGAAGCCCAAGAGCUGGCUCGGGCCAACCUCCGGAUCCUACAGCAACACGCCAAAUCGGCAGCCCUCCGGGAGUCCCAGCAAGUGGCGUUCAACAACGAGAUCUUGGACACACUGCCAAAACUUUUUAGCAAUCGAGAAGAACAAAUCACCCUUUCGCUGGAGUGUCGCGGCAGCGCUGGUAAAGGUUGCCAAGGAGCAGCGCUUGUCACAAUCCAGUUUGAAGGAAAGCACAGGAACGAAGCGGUCGCUCAGCAGCUUCACGUUUUGGAGAAAGAAGUGGAAGAUCUGCUGGCGGAAGCCACCCGGCUGCCUUCGCUCGGUGUCGUGGAAGCCGCAGUUCACAUGGAAAACUUCAUCACAGCCUUAAUAAAUCUUUAUAAACGUCAGCCUGUGCCUGGGAUUCAACGAGUGGGGAUCAAUAUGUUCUUUUCUGUGGUGGAGUUUGUGUGUGAGGAAACGCAGCGCCACCCGCCCACCCGGCAGUUCUUCACCUCCUGCAUUGAGAUCCUCGGCCAGGUGUUCAUUGCUGGAACCAAAUCCGAAUGCUGGCCAGUGCUGAAGACCAUUCUGAAGAACCGGAGGCUCUGCACCCUCCUGUCUCCUUACUUCACUCCGGCUGCCUCCCCGGAGCAGUUUGUCCGCUUGUACGAGGCCGUGGUGUCUGUCCACUGCGAGGACAACAGCGACGUCAUUUUCAUGCUGCUCACAAAGUUUGACCUCCAGCAGUGGCUGCAGAGUUCCAGGCCCCCGCUGUCGGAGCGGACCCGGCUCCUGGAGGCCAUCCACUUGGCUCUCAAGGUCUGCGGCUUUGACCCCGAGGAAGAGGUUCUGAUGCCGUUUUCUAUUUUCUGUAAGCACUGGAUGUCUCUCCUCCGGUACCAGUUUCCCGACCACUACAGCAGCUUCCUGAGGCUACUCAUGCAAAGUUCCUCGGAUCAACUCCUCAGCCCCGAAUGCUGGAAGGCGUCCCUGAAAGCAUUGGGGUGCCCCUCCGUAGCACCUCAAAAAGACGCUGGUAAAGAAGAGGCCAGUGAGAACGUCGCACUGCCUGCUUCUGCGGAGCCAUUUCUCUCAGCGGAACAAGUGGCAGAGACGAUAGAAUGGCUUUCCGACUACUUCGUCAAGCUGCGCUGGUCUUCGCAAGACUUCCAGAGCUUUGGUUUGUUUUCAAAAUGGGCUCCGUACAUCCCCGAAGUAAAGCGGUUUGUGGAGUAUCUGGUCAACCAGCUCAUUUACUCGGAAGUCAGCAGCCUAUCGCGAGAACCAGUGGGAAGCAAGAGGGUUUUGUCAGCACUGCGUUCUUUGCAUUUAGUCAUCACCAAACUCUUUAAGCCUUGGGUGGAAAUUUUAGCGAGAGAAGAUGCAAGCAAACAGCCCUGCUAUCCGUGGUUGGAAAGCGAUGCACCUGUAGCUUCCGAGAUGGUACAGUCCUAUGCCAAGAGCAUAGGCGUGUUGCACGAGAGUUUUAAAGAUAAGCUCUUGCUGAGCCACCGUGGGGCACUUUGGCUGCAUCUGAUGCACUACUGCCAACGGUUCACAGGGGCCAAAAUGCCGGAGCACAUCCUCUAUGCAUUCCACACGGAGUUUGGUUCACUCCCCUGGAAAGAGAUGCACCCAGACCAGCAGCUGAUGGAAGAAUUCUUUAAAGUUGAAAGAGGGAGCCCCAAAAGCUGUUUCCUUUUCCUGGGCUCUGUCUUAUGUGAAGUCAACUGGGUUAGUGUCCUCUCAAGCGCCUGGAGCCCCCACCCACCUCCAGAGACUCACGACAUGAUUGUGUGUCUGCUUUACAUGGUGGUCUUGCUGGCCAAGGAGGAGCAGCUGCUAACCAAGGAGGAGUCGCCUCUGCUCAAUCUGCUUGGCCAGACCAGCUCCCUCCCCUGGCAGCUGGUGAGCAUUUUGUCCUACGAGAGCGUCCUCAGCUACUUCAACAGCCACUAUCCUCCCUCCAUCAUCCUGGCCAAGGAGCCAACCUCUGAACUGAUUGUGAAGCUCCUGAAGGUGUCUGCGGGCUUCGGCGCCUCUUCGGACAGCCACGCGCACCUUGAUGGCACCCUCAAGUGCCGAGCGUACAUCCGCCAGAUGGUCCAUUUUCUAAGCAUCCUGGAACAAAACGAGAAGAUCGCCCUGUCGGCUCUGGAACAGGAGAUGUCAAGGCUGCUAGAUGACAUUGUCCUAUUUAACCCUCCAGACCCGGAAAUGCAAGCUCGCCACCUGGCCCUGAGUAGCCUCUUUGCUGAAGCCCUGAUGAUGCUGAAUCACGCGAGCGUGUCAACAGCAGAGUCCCUCCGGGUCACUUUACGAGGCUGGGUUGAUGCCACGGUGCAUGGCUUAGGAGCGAUGCCACUCUUAACGGCUGCAUGCCAGAGUCUAGCGUCAGUCCGGCAUAUGGCAGAGGCAACAGAGGCCUGUGUCAUGGCCUACUUCAAUGAAGACUCUCCAGUCAGCCAGGAUUUGGGCUGGGGACCGAUCCUGGCCUCCUUGCAAAUCCCCGAACUCACCGCUGAAGACUUUCUGCAGGAGUGCCUAUCCUUGGGCAGUUACCUCACACUCUACGUCUACACACUACAGCAGCUGAACACAGAGCAAACCCUGAACAAUGAAAUGAAAGUGCUGCUGACGUUGAGCAAAUGGCUGGAGCAGGUGUACCCCAGCUCUGCCAAGGAUGAGGCCAAGCUGUUCCUUUGGUGGCACAAAGUGCUCCAGCUGUGCCUCCUCCAGGUGGAGCAGGACGACGCCAUCCUGCUGGAGUCGGUCAUCCGGAUCUUGACCGCCCUGCAAGGCCGGCAGAGCGUGCUGGCCGAAGAGAAGAUCUCGUCCGGGAUCCUCGGUGCUCUGGGUCUGGGCCGCCGAUCUCCUUUGUCAAACAGGUUCCGGGUGGUCGCCCGGAGUAUGUCGGCCUUUCUUUUGGUACAGAUUCCUGUGGAGAAUCGGAUCCGGUUGAGGCCUGGUGUGGAACUCCAGGUCUCCGCCAAAGCUCAACAGGCUCUCCAGGCUCUGGACUCCCUUGCUUUGAACAAACAGUACGCCGAAUUCCAGGAGCAGAUCUGCCAGGCUUCCCAGUUCAUCAAGGACUCUUGCCAUUCUCUUCAUGAUGGGAAUCACCUCCUGGCCAUCCUGCUCAACACUCUGUACCCCGACGUGCAUUACCUGGAUGCCAUACGAUAGCGACAUGCCAGGGCCGGGUGUGUGUGUGUCCUCGCCCCCCGCCUCUUCUUCCAAUCAUGGACUUGGUUUGAGUUUACUUUCAGUCGCGAUGUUGCACAGGUCACUGUCUUUCAUAGGCUCCCCCUUUAUCCAAGGGGGGGGCGGUGGUGCAGGGUGGCUGGGGAAGGGAUAGAAAUAAAGCAGGCGGACUCAUUUGAAAGGAAAUGUGGAUUUCCAUAGUUUGGGUCCUGCUUUAAAAGCUGCAGGGAUUGCUGAAAGGAUGACCUUUCGGCAUGCAGCCUUGAUGGCUACGUUCCACGGGAGGCAGGAUUCCUGUUGAUCCCACAGGGAACUUGCCCACCAGACUUUCCUUUGGCAUCAUACAUGAAGAUUGGAACGUAGGGUUGAGCAACCCUCCCAACACGGCAGGACUGGUCCUCUUCACAGCCCUCUCUCCUGGCCGGGCUAACUCAGGCUGGUGGAUGGUACAGACUCGGAACAUCUGGAAGGGCCGCUGGCUUGCCCACACCUGCUUUCGAGAGAAUCUUGGCUGCACUCGGAAAGUUUUUUUAAAAAAGGUACACGGCCCAGAAUUUGCUAGCAUCCCCCCGUCAGUAUAGCUACAGUCCAUGGUGGCCAGGAGAUUCUGGAAGUUGUAGCAAUGUUUCCAAGCUUUAGAACUUGAUGGUCACCAUUUUAAAAAUAAUAAUAAUAAUAAUACCAUGUAUCUUUGAGUGUGCAUUUUCUGGCACUUUUUGGGAACUGAAGUUUGCUUUUGUGCCUUUUUCCUUUGACUGUGAAAUUUGUGGGCCCGUUUCCGUAUCAUCAACUCAGAAUUUUGGACCAUGCUUGAACUCCUGCUUCAGCUUAAUUCGUUUCCUUCUUCCUGUCCUGGACGCUUUGUGACUGUUUAGUCUGAAACAUGAAUCCAGUUCUGCUCUCCCUACUUAGGUAAUCCUCAUGCAACUUUGCCUUAUUUGUAUAGGUAGAACCUGGGUUUCUUUGUUCAUUGGCGGGAGAGACCUUACCUAAGUUAUAAAGUUUGUUUCCUUAUCAUGUGUUUAGAAUACAUCUAUAAUUUAUUUUCAUCUUGAUUUAGUUACAAGAAGGCAAAACUGAGCAAAGAUUUCAGGAUCUCAGGAGCUUGGAGAAAACAAUUAUGUUAAUUGGGGUAGGAUACAUAAUUAGGAAUGUUGUGUAUCCUGCUAGAGUAGCAAGCUUUUAAGGAUCACAGGAUUCUUCUUGCGUAGCACAGAGUUUUGUGCAGCUCAAAAGCUCGCUGCCUUAUUCUUCAACCAAAAAAAUCAUGUGGAUAAUUUCUCUCGGUACCCCGAAAUGAGUUUGAAUUCCACCCCUCCCACAUCUUGCAAAUUGAGAUUAGAAAGCUGUGAUUCCGCAUGAAAGUGAGUUCUGUAGAAAGCAGUUGGACUCUUUUAGGUAGUAUUUUGGAGACAGCUCCAGUUAUAAAAGAAAGAAAAAAAGCUACGUGGAUUUUCCUGUUCAUGUUUACUGGAUUGAGAUGACCCUCCAGAAGGGUCUCUCUGCAUCUUAUAGGAUGCAGAGCUGUAGUAACUGCUUGAGGUGCUUAUACUUACGGGCGUGUGUGUUGAGAUUUUAAAGCUAUAUUAUGGGGAGGACGGCUUACUGACUAUUUGAUUAUCAUUGCCUUAAUUGAGUGCAUUUUUCUCUUCCUGUCCUCCUUUUGGCAAACACACAUACAUACAUGCGUGCAUUCAACGCAUACUUCCAUCCUACAGAUGCUCAGUUACCUUUGAUGUCCUUGAAAAGUACUGCCUCUGAGACAACUGAGAUGAUAACAUUGUUCUUGUCUUGCCUGGUGGGGAUUUUAUUUGCUGUAGCAAAUCCUGGCAAGCUCCUUGUUGGCACAUUUUGGGAGUUUUCCUUAUUGCAUCUUUGGGAGUUUUUCCAGUUCCAUCCUUACCAACACCAACACCUUAGCUUUGUUGACCUUCAGAGCUCCUGCCUAACAAAUGGUUUCACAACUCUCCCAGCAUCUCGCACUGGCAAGAAAAACGUUAAUCGCCUUCCACGAAUUAAAUGCCAAUGAAUCUCAACCGAAUUAUUGAGCAGUAACUCAUCACAGCCCACUUUUCUGUUUCUUCCUGUACCAAAUGAGGUUGUGGGAGAGGAGUCAUCGGAACUCCCUUUUUGUGAAUUAAAUUUCAUGUUUCCUCGGCUGCUCAGUGCAUUGGUGAAAACCAUCGUUUGUAAGAGAGAGAAUGAGAGAGAGAGGGAGAGUAAAAGUGUGAAUGAGUAAGUGAAUUAGUGGAAAUUUGAUUUAGAGGAACUUUCUGUACUUAUUACUGGAGAAAGAAUUGCUGCUUCAUUUUUUUAUACAGGGAGGGGCCAAGGACGUAAAACCCUUUUGAGAUGUUACGUGGCUCAGUAUUAGGGGGGGGAAAGCCCCAAGCAAAUCAAACCUGUGAAACUGCAGAAAAAUGUGGCUGCUUCCAGCAUAAUCCUUUUAAUACAGGGAAUAUUGGUUUGGGUGUGGAUUUUUCAAAAUAUCUGUUUACAGUGGUUUGCGUUUGCCAAGAGCACCAGAAAUAAAACACUGAAAAACACUGA